AUGAGCACCAAAUCUCUCAAUGUUCUUGGUAACGAUGGGGCUGGCAAGAAAGCCCUGAUCAGCAGCCUCAUUUACAUGGUGGAUGCUGUCAUACUAGAAAGGGAGGGGAUUAGCCAGUAUGACAAGAUUGUACCAUUCUUCGAGAAGAUUGGGCGUCCUCAAUCUUUCUACGCCCCUUCUGGAACCUUUACCAUUCAGAAAAGCCAGACACCAGAUGUUGCUUUCUGGACUGUUGAUGCUUCCGAUUCAUCUAGUUGGGGUUCAUCUGCUGAGAACCUUUCAGCUGCGUUGUCCAGCGCUACGCUCAAAUCACGAGAGAAACUCAUCGUAGUAGUAAACAAGAUUCAGAAGGAAGUGUAUCCUCCUCUCGUGUCUAUGGCUGAUAUAAUUUGUGUCAGGGACUCAGUCAACUGGUCUGAGCAGACAUUCAAAGACGUCGUGAACGCAUUCAGUUCAGUCAGUAUGAACAAUCAGUAUGAAACAAUAUCUCCCAACCCCCGAAGCACCCUCAUGCGUACAGAAGAUAUCUGCUAA